CAACGGCGCGGACAUUCAAACGUUUCGGGCAGUUUGUGAGUGUCGGGCCUGUUUGUUGAGGGAUAUUAUUGUCCUCGUUUGUGGUUAUAGUAAGAGUCACCACUUUGAAAGGCGCUUCAGCCGUUGAGGAUGGACGUGCAGCAGCCAGCGGAGUCGUCUGAUCCCUACGCGUACGACGCCCCAUCUUACGUUAUGAAUUUUGAUUUAGAUCCCGAGGAUAAUGCCGAUCACUGGUUUGAUCUGAUGGCUGAACCUAAAAGUGGUGAAGCAGAGCAUCUCACAGCUCCAUUGAGGGUGUCAAAGCCGUUUGAUGGUGCACACAAUGAAAACUUGCCAAAAGCAGUGGUCUCACCUAUGGUCAAAGCAGAGACCGUGAUCACAGAUAAUACUGCCACAGAACCCCCAUCUAACAUAGUGACAUCGUGGGGAACCAGCAAGCCAGCGACAGGUCCUGGUCGGGGUCAUAAAAGGAACGUUCCUGCCCAGCCACGCAGGGUUUCAAAGCGUCCAGUGGUCAAAAAUGAGCAGCAUCAGCCUCCUUCAACUCCGCCUGUGAAGAAGAGGAGGAGCUCCAAAGGCCCAAGGUCUGCUCGCCGCAACAGUGUUUCCAACAGAAGAAGCACCAGGAAAAACAAACCAUCUGUAGCCUCAGCUACUGCAUCUGCCUCCACUGCCAGUGUUAACCAGCACAUGAGCACAGAGCAGCAGGAAAUGGAGCGAAUUGAGGCUUUGCAGAAGGAGGUUGCUGAGCAGCGGAGGAGGAAUGAAGCCAGCUACCGAGCUGCUCUGGCAGGCAGUCAGCCACCAAAGAAGCAGGUGCUGUCCACCACCAUUCCCAAAGAGUUCACCUUCUGCUCGGACAGUAGACUGAAAAACCAGAAUGAUGUUUCUGAUGCUUCUUAUAAAGAGAUUGAUUUUACUUCCCAACUCCGCAAGCACCCUGCCUCACCUCUGAAGGCCCCUAAGGGUACCACAGUCCCCAAGCCCUUCAACCUCUCCACUGGUAGCAAGAGAAGGCUGGAGGACACCGACACCUAUGUGUCCGUGGCCCAGCAGAUCGAGCAGUUUCAGAAACGCACGCCUGUGCGCUAUCACCUGCGUAGUCGUCAGAGCCAGGAGAAAGGUCCGUCACCAGUGAAGUCUGGGAAGCUUAAGGUCACACACCCUCACACUCCUCAACUGCUGACACGUCAGAGGAGCCGACCUGCCAUUGUGAAGAGCGCAGCUGAGAUUGAAGCUGAAGAACUCGAAAAAAUGCAACAGUUUAAAUUCAAAGCUCUGGAGCUUAACCGUAAAAUCCUUGAAGGGGCUCUGGCUCCUAAGAAACCAGCUCCCAAAGAAGUUACCCAGCCACAGGGCUUCCAGCUGGAGGUGGAGAAACGUCUACAUGAUCGACAUUCCAGCAAAAAUCCAGAAGAACCUGAAAAACACACCUUCCACUCCAGACCCCUGCCCACCCGAAUCCUUGAGGAAGUGGUGGGUGUCCCGGAGAAGAAAGUGCUGAAUCCUACUGUUCCUGAAUCUCCUGCUUUUGCACUCAAAAAUCGUGUUCGUGUAGAACGCAAGACAGAAGAGGUUAAGCCACCAGCUCCACUUAAGGCGCUUCCUGUGCCCCACUACCUGCCUUUCCAUCCAAAACCUGCGGUGAAGAGCUCGGUAGAGGUCUGCCCCUUUUCCUUUGAGCAGCGUGAGCAAGAGCGAAAAGCACAGAAGGAGAAAAGGCUCGAGGAAGUGAAGAAUGAGGAGGUCCCCCAGUUCAAAGCUCGUCCAUUGCCUGACUUCCAUGAGGUGAGCCUUCCAGAGAAGAGAGUGAUCGAGCCCACCAAACUUGCUCCUUUCAAGCUGAUUAUUGACGAGCGCGGAUCUGUCAAGAGUGAAAGAUGGGAGCGGAUGAUAAAAGAAGAGCUGAAGCAGCAGGCUGAAGCAGCAUGCUUCAAGGCACGACCCAACACAAGCACACACAAAGAGCCCUUUGUGCCCAAGAAAGAGAAUCAUUCCGUCUUGGCCAAUGCUGCCCUUUCUGCAGUUCCCGGGGGCUUCCAGCUGGCGACAGAGAGGCGGGCUCAGGAGCGUUUGGAGUUUGAGCGAGCCCUCAAGGAGAAGGAGACCCUGAGGGCUCAGAUGGAGGAGCAACAGGCCAGAGAGCAAGAGGAGAGUGAGAAGGAGGAUAUUGUCAGGCUGCGAAAAGAACAGGUGCAUAAGGCCCAGCCUGUCCGACGCUACAAACCCAUAGAGCUGAAGCACAGCGAGGCCACUCUCACAGUUCCCCAAUCCCCAAAAUUCUCUGACCGCUUCCGCAUGUAAACACUCCUGGGCGUGAGCUGUACAGAACUGAUUUGAUUUGGGGGUUUUUUUCUUUUCUUUCUUUUAAAAACUUGCUGUAAAAUGACGCUUUUAAAAAUUGCAUAUGCUUGUAGCUUAACUUUUCUGAAGGUAUGUGUUCUGCUGGUGAUCUUGUACGUGCAUACUUGUUUACACAUGUAAACUGUUGUACUGUAUAAUUUUCAUUUCUGCAAUUUUCCUCUUCAUAACAGUUAACCCAUUUUUAUAAUAAAUGUCUUUUUAAAUGUU